CAAUUAUUCUGAGAUAAAUAUAUAAGAGUUUUGUAUUGUAAAUUUUAGGGACUUAAAGUCAGUUCCACUGCAUCGUCUCUGCAUAAUUUUUUUACGGAGCGGAUACAUCAAAAUUUACACAUAAUUAUGCCUAUGAGUGUAACUACAAAGUUAUUUCGCACGUACCUCAGAAUGUUUCCCUCUCUUGUGAAUUGUUGCACAAUGGAUUGGUUUCAGACAUGGCCAGAAGAUGCUUUUGAAACAAUAACUGAUAAACUGUUACAAGAUGUCAAAAUAGAAACAGAAACAUAUUCUUCCUGCAUGCAACUUUGCAAAUAUUUUCAUCAAGAUUAUUACAAGAUUAUUGAGCAAUAUCAAGUUCACACUGGCAAAAAUAUUUACACAAGUCCCUCAAAAUAUGUAGAAUUAAUUCUAACAUUUAAACAAUUGCUUGGUAAAAAAAGAGAAGAAUUGUCGGCAUUUCGUAAUCGUUACAUA